ACACGCGCUCCCAUUAAUAAAUAGAUUGGAUUAAUGUUUAUCUGAUUUUUUUUUUUUCUUUCAGACCGAACACGGAAAGAAAACAAACACAAAUUUUAAGAGUUUCAUUUGAGCUUCAAGGUUCCAGAUUUUCGAAAGAGCUUAUCUUUUUUUUUUGUUUUCUUCCUUCGAUUCGAGAAUCAUUUCUAGAUCAACAACAUUUUAUCAUUUGGUGCUUCUUAGUUUAAAGUAUGGCCGAUCAUUUGAGUUUAUGUACCGAUCGUCUCAUAACGGCUGAGAGCUUGAAGUCAGAAAUAGAAUCUGAGUCAUCAGAUUCUUCUGGAGAAAGCUCAAGGCCUCAAGGCACAGACUUGGCUUCUUCAUCUGUGCAUGAAACGGAGGAAGUUAGGGAGUACUAUGCUGUUGCGGAAGAGGAACCCUUUCUCCAAUCUGUUGUUGAGUGCCGUAUUUGCCAGGAGGAAGAUACCACUAAGAACCUCGAGGCUCCUUGUGCUUGUAAUGGCAGUUUGAAGUAUGCGCACCGCAAGUGUGUUCAGCGUUGGUGUAAUGAGAAAGGGGACAUAACCUGCGAAAUAUGUCACCAGCCUUAUCAACCUGGUUAUACAGCUCCUCCACCUCCUCCUUCUGAUGAAACUAUAAUUCACAUCGGUGACGAUUGGGAGAACGGAGUUCCUUUGGACUUGAGCGACCCACGAAUCCUGGCAAUGGCUGCAGCAGAACGCCAUUUCUUGGAAGCUGACUAUGACGAGUACAAUGAGUCUAACUCAAGCGGAGCUGCCUUUUGUCGCUCUGCUGCUCUCAUCCUAAUGGCGCUUUUACUGUUACGAGAUGCGCUAAACCUCACAACUAACCCUGAUGACGAGGACGAUCCAACUGCUUUCUUCUCUCUUUUCCUUCUUCGAGCCGCCGGUUUUCUCCUCCCAUGUUACAUCAUGGCAUGGGCCAUCGGUAUACUACAACGCCGGAGGCAAAGACAGCAGGAAGCAGCGGCUCUAGCUGCAGCAGAAGUUGCUUUCAUGAUACAUGGUGGUGUGCCUCAACGCAGGGGACUUCACUUCGCUGUUGCACCGGAGCCACCGAUCUCCAACCCAACACCAGUCUGAUCCUUCCCGGCAAUGAUUCUCCGGUAAGACUACAAGACAAAAAAACCCUGAGAACUUGGUUGUAAGAACUUUCCACCUACUACUAUUAUGCGUCUUCAACCUGUUAUCCUCGUACGUUUAUGUUCUCCGAGUCUGUUAAUGUUUACUUCUCUUCUCCCAAAUGUUGACACAGAGCUCUCACUGCACUAUGUACAGUCUUAUUGUUAUUAUGAUUAUUUUUCUUCAUGAACA